AUGCGCGAGGACUGGGAGCGUCGGAGGGAUGCCUACUGCACAGGUAUACUCGACAAUCAGCUCAACCUAUUGGCCGAGUUUUUAGGGGACAACGAGUGGCUGAUUGGCGAUCAAUUGUCUUACAUAGACUUCACGGCCUAUGAAGUGUUGGAUUGGUUCAGAGUGUUUGCGCCAAUUAGUGUCGAUAAGCAGCCGAUUAUUGGACGUUAUUUAUGUCGGUUUGAAAAUCUGGGGCCAAUCGCCGCGUACCGAAAAUCGUCGAAAUAUAAGUCGUGGCCAAUGACUGGACCCCGGGCUAAGUGGGGCUCAAAAUAA